CGCGGUUGCCAAGGCCUCGGCUCAGCGCGGGGGCGGUCCCGCCGCCGCCGUCCAGGCCCGGGCCGGCGCGAUGGUGAAGCUCUCUGCCAAGUGCCUGCUGGCAGGAGAUCCAGCUGUGGGUAAGAGUGCUUUAGCCCAGAUGUUUCGCAGUGAUGGGGCUCAUUUUCAGAAGAACUACACACUGACAGCGGGCAUAGAAUUGUUGGUGAAGGCUGUAUCAGUUCCAGAGACAAGUGAUAGUGUGGAAUUCUUCAUUUUUGACUCUGCAGGAAAAGAUCUAUUUUCUGAAAUGCUGGAGAAACUGUGGGAGCAACCCAACGUCGUGUGCCUUGUGUAUGAUGUCACUAAUGAGCAAUCCUUCAACAGCUGUAACAAAUGGUUGGAGAAGCUGAGGGCUCAAGCAGUUGGGAUGCACAUCCCAGGUGUCUUAGUGGGGAAUAAAACAGACCUAGCUGAUCGUCGAGUUGUGCAGCAGGAACAAGCACAGGAGUGGGCUGAGAAACAUGGCCUGGAAUACUGUGAGAUGUCAGUGAAGGAAAUGAAAAAUUUUGAGGCCCCUUUCCACAUCCUGGCAAAGUUAUUCCACCAGCUGUACAAAGAGAAAGUGGAAACUUUUCACUCACUAGCCUGACUGAAUCUGUUUCUUUCCUUCGGCGUGGCUCACUGUCCCUGCCUGGUGGGAGCUGUGUCGCGUCCAACCGCUGUCACUUGGUGACGCAGUGCCCUCUGCUGGUCCCAGGUCACAGGAGUUCUCCAGAGGCUGCCACCUCCCUUGAAGUGAGCAGGAAGGGCUUCCUGCAGGCACAUCCAAACUGGCUUAGCUGCAAAAUGGAGUGAAAUUGCAAGAAUACCUUUUCUAUUCUAAAGAUGAAUCUAAAACUUGCAAAAAGUUACCUUUUCUUCUUCAUGUCUUUAUCAUCUUACAUAUUGUUGUGUCAUUUUUGUCAGCUGAAUUUGGCAAUACUGUUCUGAUUAGGUUCAGCUCUCAAUCUCAAAAUCAGAGUCCUCUUAUUAAAGUCUCUUUGCUUGUCAUUGAAUUUCAGAUAAAAGACCACGGUUCUGAUGUUGCUAGUGGAAACAGAACUAAGGAAAUGAAAGACAGCCUGGCUAAGUUACUCUGACUCAGCUGUGUCUGGCUAGAAGUUUCAUAUUAGAAAGGGUAAAAGCCUAGAGAGAGUUGCUGUAUUGUGUGGAGUACUGAUGUUCCAUGUAUAGAGUCUUUGCUAAUGCAGUAUGCAAAAGCAUCUGUGAUAAGGUACUGCCUUGUAACUGAGCCUAACACCAAGAGUUUCAAAAAUUUAACCAUUAUCUUCCCGAUUAUAGUAGACUCCCUUGGGCAAGAGAAGCUGAGUUUUGUAGAGACUGAGCACUGAGUGAUUUUUCAGGCAGCCUUUUCAGGAAUCUGUGUUUCAAGACUUCUAUAUGUGUGGUUUAUAAACAUUUUUAUGCCCAGUGCUAGGAAAAGUACAUUAAAUUGAACGUAAGAAAUAUGGCUGCAGAUGUUGUAGCAGACUUUAUGAAGCACUUCAAGAAUCUGGAGAAGCAGUGGCCUCAUUUCACUGGCAACAGUGUGUUGAUGCUGAGAACUCACUAGGGAGCAUGAAUACCAGUUAAAGAGGAUGAGUAGCAGCUCAAUCUAUAAGAAGGAAAAACAAGAGGUUCUUUUGCUAAACGCCAAUGCAAAAAUGGCAGAAGAAUCUGGGAAAGCUCCUGCUUUCUCCAAAGAAGGAAGGAAUUCUCUAUGAACUUAGGGUAACUAGAAGACUCACUCUCUUUGAACCAGAUUAGCAUUACUAGCAUUUGUAUCUAGCACGGGUUUUCUUGUUAAUCCUGGGUGUUUUUUGUUGAUUUACAUAGGCCUUAUAGACUCUUGCUUGCAGGUGCUGGUAUCUGCACCUUUUAUUCUUACUCUGACUAGUAAGAAUAAAAGCUAUUUUGGAUGCUGUGCUGAUCCAGUUAAAGAACUAAAGAAGGUUUGUUUUUAUUUGGUAUCUCAUUUCCCUCUGAUUCUAUUGACAAUGUGAUCACAAAACAAGACACGUAUUUUUUCAUAUUGAAAAUAACAUACUAGACGUGUAUGUCACCUGUGACAUGGUGUAUCUAGGGGGAAGAAUGCCUUGGGAAUAGGUAAUAAAAUGAAUUUUGUGCAAUCUUUAACCAGGGAGUCUAUCUCUCUGCACCUGAAGGACCUCCCAUAACUUCAAAUAAACACUCUAAAUGCACCUGUAAGAUGAAGAUUGGUGAAUGCUGUUUUAUAAAAUAAAUGCAAAGGCUGGAGGAGCUCAUUAAGGGAAUGCUUGCAGUGGUGAUUUGUGAUUUAUAGGGAAGCUGCUUUUGAGAAGUUAGUGAAGAAAAAUGCAGCCCAUGCAGGGAAAGAUAUAUUGCCUGAGAGAGGAAAUGUAUGAUCUAAUUAGCUAACAGUAGGAAUUCACCCACUGCCCCUUUCCCUCUUCCACAGGCCGCAACCACAAUUAGAAAAGAAGUCAUGUCUAAAGCAUGUUGUCCAACUUGCUUUUUACAGGACUAUUUCAAGCACUAGUGUGGACACAGUUUAAUGUCCUUCAAAAUAGUGUGUUUGACAAUAACAAUCUCAACCCUUUCAAAUCUAUUUUAACAGCAUAAUAUAUUGUCCUUCCUGGCUAAUGUGCUGUAUAAUA